AUGACCAAACCAUAAGAGUAGAAAAAGAAUGGUCCAAUCCAAUUAUAACUUUCUGAUUUAUGUCAAAUAUUGUGAGAAGUAACGUAUGGCUCUCACUUGCACACAGCUUCCCUUUUCUCUCUCUUCAAAAACAUCACAAUCACCACUAACAAUCUCCCAUUCUUCUCUUCCUUUACUUCCCAAUUUUAGAUUUCCUACUUCAACUCUUGCUUCUUGUUGUGGAGCAGCUUCCCAAAUGAACAACGGACGGCCAAGAUUUAAGGAGUUUCCAUAUGCAUCACCUGCCAUCAAAAAUUUGAUGGUGGAUUUAAUAUCAACGGUGGAGAAUAGCCUAGAUUCCAUGCUACUUCCAUGUACUCUCCCACAGGAUAUCCAAUACUUUCAUAACCAAACUGAUACUUCCCAUGCUUCCCUUUUUCUUCGCUCUGGUUCCCCAUCAUCUCCGAUUGACUUCAUAUUAGGUUCUUGGCUACACUGUGAACUACCAACAGGAGGAGCUUUAAACAUAACAAGCCUAUCAUCCUACAUGAAUAACUCAACUGAUGCACCCCACUUGGUGAUCGAGUUCAUCCAAAACACUCCCACAUCUCUAGUUUUCAUCCUGGAUUUACCUCAUCGAAAGGACCUUAUUCUUCACCCUCACUACCUCAAAACAUUUUAUGAAGAUUCAGGUCUUGAGAACCAAAGGCAGCUCCUCAACAAACUCUCCGAGGUUCAACCUUAUGUAUCUCCUUCCCUCUACAUUCGUUCGGUUUUUUCUCCUACUGCUGUGGUGCUUCGUAUUGAUACUUCUUCGAGUGGAGGGGAGAGAUUGGAAGAGAUUCUCCGGGAUGAUGUGAGUUCCGCAGCAAAAAUGGUCUUGGAAAUAUGGUUAAAUUUGUGCGUAUUAGGGGAAAAACAAGGUAUUCAAGAUGAGGAGAAGGCUUAUUUGAAGACGAGGGAUAGUAUGUUCAAAAGUAAGAGCAUUGAGACUGAUAUUGGCUCUACUUUGCCUAGGAUGUUUGGCCAAGAAACAGCUGAUCGUGUUUUGAGUGUGCUACGCGAAAUAAUAUAGUUUCUGUAAGCAAAGAAUUAUGGAACUUUCAAUUGUAAGCACUUCAUAUACUAACAAUUGCUCUUGUAUAAUUAGAAUUUUACAAGUGCAGAGUAUAGCUUCUUUCGCAGA